GUGAGGACGUGCGCGCUCCUGCUUCUUCCUCUUUCUUGACUCCAUCUUCGCGGCAGCAGCCUCGGCGUCCGCGGGUUAGGUGAGACUCGCGGGGGCAGCUGUCCCUGUUGCGCUCGGGAGCGGGCCGUCUGCGGCCUCAGAGUCGCCAACAUGCAGCUCUUCGUACGCGCCCAGAAACUACACACCCUCGAGGUGACCGGCCAAGAAACGGUCGCCCAGAUCAAAGCUCAUGUGACCUCACUGGAAGGCAUUGCCCCGGAGGAUCAAGUCCUGCUUCUGGCUGGCUCGCCGCUGGAGGAUGAGGCCACCCUAGGCCAGUGUGGCGUGGAAGCUCUGACCACUUUGGAAGUAGCUGGCCGCAUGCUGGGAGGUAAAGUUCAUGGUUCCCUGGCCCGUGCUGGAAAAGUGAGAGGUCAAACUCCCAAGGUAGCCAAGCAGGAGAAGAAGAAGAAGAAGACAGGCCGGGCCAAGCGACGGAUGCAGUACAACCGUCGCUUUGUCAACGUUGUGCCCACCUUUGGCAAGAAGAAGGGCCCCAAUGCUAAUUCCUAAGUCCUAUUGUGAUCCUGGCAGUCUAAUAAAGUCCCUUUGUCCAAA